CUGAUGGGCGCGGUCUUGUUUAUUAUAGGGCGGGGUCAAGAAAAGAAAAAUCGAGGGGCUGUGAACAUCGAGUUUGAGCUAUCUCUUCUCCAUUUCAAAAUGGCUCUAGAAGGUUGCCUUAUCGACUUUGGAGAUGAUCCCUCCUCCUCAUCUUCUCUUAGCAAAAGCACCAGUGAGACCACCUCUAUGAAGUUCGAGGACAACUUUUGGGGCCCAGAUUGUCGCGGAUUUGAAGUAUUGAUGGGCAAUUUGAGGGCGGAGUCAUCUGCUUCUCACCAUUUAGCAGAAUACGUGAAGGAGAGAUUAUCAUUAGAAAGAGUUUAUCUCAAAGGAUUACAAAAAUUAACAAAAUCACUAGGUCAACCUAACGACAGCACUUUAGGUGGGUUUCAGCCAUUGUGGCUAGUGAUGCAGAAAACAUUAGAAGUUGUGUCUGAGAAAAAAGAGAAGUACAUAACUUCACUGAAUGACAUUUAUAAAGAGAUUAAUGAUUAUGCAAGUAAACAGGACGAUCAACUGAAGGGAAAGUCAAAAGGUGAAAUUGACUCUGCGAGCAAAAGUCUUCACAACUAUCGUCACUCGACUGAAAUUAUUCGUAAAUCCCGUAAGGCCUACAAAGCCAGCUGUACCGAACUAGCCGAACACCAGAAAGAGCUGGAGAGGGCAAAACUGGACCCGAACCGUGGGAAAGAUCUUGAGAAAAUGGAGGGAAAGAUACGGAAACUCAUGGCCCACAUGGAGAGCUCUAAAACUGAUCAUCAAAAAUCUAUUCAGGCUUAUCACGAAUUUUGGAAGGAGUAUGAAGAGAAAAUGAUACUAGCUUGUAGAAAGUUUCAAAGUCUCGAGGAUCAUCACUUAAAAGUACUGAGAGAUUUCCUCACUCGUUUGGCAGCUGUUCACGAAGAAAGUGAGUCCCACGGAGCCAAAGAAUUCCGGAGCCUAAAAGAAAAGAUAGAAGGAUUGACCGUAGAGAAAUUAUUAUCAAUUUUUACUAACAUAAAGAAAACUGGGACAACCAAACCAGAGUUGACCCAGUUCAUACCAAUAGAAGUUGAUUCCAUUCAGCUAUCACAGAGUGGGAGUAUGGCAUCAAUCAGCUCCUACACUAAAGGAGGAACAGCCGGAACGCCAGCCGAGGUUAAAAAGGUAAAGAAGAAAAAAGAAAAGAAAACGACAAAGAAGACCAAACCUCCGCUGCCUUCUACAACCACCAACUCACAGAGAGCCACACCCGAACAGACCCCGCCCCCUAAUAAAGACGAGAACGUCGACGAGGAGGGUUUCACGAUAAGACCCAAGGAUGCAGAUAAGAUUGCGAAAUUCUCAGACGAAGAGUCUCCGAGUGAUUCUGAUGAUGACAGCGAUUUUGAUCCAGAUCCUGGUAAGAAGAUACAGGCUGUUGUCAUAAAGGACAAUCCGACUGUCUCGUCAACAGUUAGUGUUGAUGAGCUCAGUAAAGUGGCUAAGAGUCUUAAACUGGAGGCACCUCCUGCUUCUUUAUCAGCUGGACUCAUGAGAAGAGCUGGAAGCUCUCAUUCACUAGAUGUUCAUUCCACGAUGUCGCUGACCCCCCAGUUACGUGAGAAGUCCCCAGCAGGCAGCCAAUCACUCUUCAACCAGCCGACAGACCUCGUUCCAUCGUCCCCGCCCCCUUUCAACGUAUCAGCCCCGCCCACUUUUCCCACUAAUUUCACGGACUCUCUCCCUCCACUUCCGCCCCCGAUGACUAAUAACUGGGCCAGUUUCUCAUCUCCCGAGGCCACACCCACAAAUACCCUCACGCCCGAAACUUCCGUGACGGCCUCGAUAACUCCGCCCAUCGAUCAAAGUUCCUCGUUGCCGAUAACCCCAUCAAUUGCCCCGCCCACUUCCGAUAAAUCCGAUACCAGCUCCCUUGAUAAAGGUAGUCGUGGUGCAUCCCCAGUGAUGGCUCUUAAAAUGGGGUCGUUAUUACCGCCUCCACCUGGAGGCCCUUCCCACCGCCCACGCCUUAACGAGGGUUUAAAAUCGGAGCCAACGUCUCCCAUGAUGUCUGUUAGGGGUAUUUCUCCUCCUGGAGGGAGAAAGUCUCCACGUACUAGCUCAGGCUCGUUGCAUGACUCCGCCCAUAUUUCGCUGUCUCCGUUGGCGACCGUUCGUCAGUCUGUUGGUGGGGGUGGGGCUAGUAGCGAUAAGGUUGUUCCGAUUGCGGUCGCUUUUCAGGAAACUUGUAAUGCCAUUUAUAAAGGAAGCGAUUUAUCAAAGACUAUUGUUAAAGUGACUGGUCAAAUGGAUUUCUCUUUUCCCUCGUCCUUCAUUCCUGCCCUCUCCUCCCACCCUCCUCUCAAGUUCUCCCUUAAGAGUACUGAUAAGAUACGCUCAGGAACCAUUCUCCACAACCAGAACCUCAUCACACAGGAAGGAGAUAACGUCUAUGUAUUUCAGAUGUCAAAGCUGGUUCCGUUUUUAAAAGACUCAGCAAGUAAAAAUGUGCUACCUUUUCACAACGUCCAGGCUCUGAAAUAUGAAGUUAAUAUCAGUGGUAGUAAUGGUCUCCCUCUACAAAUGACUUCAUUCUGGAAGUGUGAAUCAUCAUCAACUGUAUUCAGAUUGGACUAUACUUACACUCCGGAUGUAUUCCCAUCAAAAUCAAAACCGAACCUCACUAAUCUAUCAGCUACCGUUACUGUAGGGGGCGGAGUCACUAGUGCCGAUCCUCAGCCAAAAGGGGCAUGGUCUGAUGAUAAGAGUACGAUGGUCUGGAAGUUGCCAGACGUCUCAUCUGAUAAGGAAAUCGGUAGGUACUAUAGUACAGGGCAUUAAAAAGAAAGACUAGGAGAGAGU